CUCACCAGGUCUGUGAACCGCAGCGAGACUCAGACUUAUGGCACCGGCAGGAUCCCCAUGUCCCCGCAGUGCCCUAGCACUCUGGAUCAGACCUACUUGGACGAACUCAUCAGCAUCCCCAAGGGCAAUGGGCCCGGUUUCAGCUUUAGGAAACUGUGGGCUUUCACCGGUCCUGGUUUCCUCAUGAGCAUCGCCUACCUGGACCCGGGCAACGUGGAGUCAGACCUGCAGUGCGGGGCGGUGGCAGGAUUCAAGCUGCUGUGGGUGCUGCUGUGGGCUACUGUCCUGGGGCUGCUGUGCCAGCGCCUGGCCAUCCGCCUGGGCGUGGUGACUGGGAAAGACUUGGGCGAGAUUUGCUACCUCUAUUACCCCAAGGUACCUCGUGUCUUGCUCUGGCUUAUGAUCGAGAUUGCCAUCAUCACCUCUGACAUGCAGGAGGUGAUUGGGACAGCCAUUGCCUUCAGCCUGCUCUCAGCUGGCCACAUCCCCCUCUGGGGUGGGGUCCUCAUCACAAUCAUAGACACCCUCUUCUUCCUCUUUCUCGACAAGUACGGGCUACGCAAACUGGAGGCUUUUUUUGGCCUCCUCAUUACCAUCAUGGCCCUGACCUUUGGCUACGAGUAUGUGAUGGUGAGGCCAGCGCAGAUGGAGGUGCUGAAGGGUAUUUUCUUACCCUACUGCCCGGGCUGUGGGCGAAAGGAGCUGCUCCAGGCUGUGGGUAUCAUUGGUGCCAUCAUUAUGCCCCAUAACAUCUUCCUCCACUCCUCCUUGGUCAAGACACGGGCAAUUGACCGGUCCAAGAAGGAAGCGGUGCAAGAGGCCAAUAUGUAUUUCCUGACUGAAUCUGGCCUGGCCCUCUUCAUCUCCUUCUUCAUCAACCUCUUUGUCAUGGCUGUCUUUGGCGAGGCCUUUUACCACCAGCGAAACCAGGAUGUGCACAAUCAGUGUGUCAACAGCAGUGUCAGCCACUAUGCUGGUAUCUUCCCCACCAACAAUGAGACAGUCUCUGUGGAUAUCUACCAGGGGGGUGUCAUCCUGGGCUGCUAUUUUGGGGCAGCAGCACUGUACAUCUGGGCCAUCGGGAUCUUGGCAGCAGGACAGAGCUCCACGAUGACUGGGACCUAUGCAGGGCAGUUUGUCAUGGAGGGCUUCCUGCAGCUUCGCUGGUCCCGCUUCGCCCGGGUUCUCUUCACCCGCUCCUUUGCCAUCCUGCCCACUGUCUUCGUGGCUGCCUUCAAGGAUGUCAGCCACCUCACAGGGAUGAACGACCUUCUCAAUGUCCUGCAGAGCAUCCUGCUGCCCUUUGCCGUUCUUCCUGUCCUCACCUUCACAAGCCUGCGCCCACUCAUGCAGGACUUCACCAAUGGCCUCCCUGGGAAAGUGCUGAUGACCCUCAUCACAGGGUUGGUCUGUGCCAUCAACAUCUACUUCGUGGUGGACUUUCUGCCCACACUGCAGGGACUGAAGUACUACAUCCCCCUGGGCUUGCUGCUGGCCGCCUAUGUGGUCUUCGUUGCCUACCUGAUCUGGACAUGCAGCAUCGCACACGGAGCCCGGUUCCUGGCCCGAGGCCAUCACAGGCAGUUCAGCUUCGGCGUCUCUCUCGACCCGCCGGCGCUGGCAGGGAGCCGGUGA